CCAGUUAUUUUGACAGCUUACCCACUCUCUCCACUCCAACAGAUCGCGGCCACAGGGAUCUGUCACACAGAUGAACAUGUUCUAGAAGGUAACUUUGCUGGUGUGGAAUUCCCAGUCAUCCUAGGCCAUGAAGGAGCUGGGAUUGUGGAGAGCAUUGGAGAAGGAGUGACCUCUGUGAAACCAGGAGACAAAGUCAUUCUCUUUCCACUUCCUCAGUGUGGAGAAUGCAGCUUCUGCUUGAAUCCUGACUCCAACUACUGCCUGAAAUCACACUUCACUGAACCACAAAACCUGCUGCCUGACAAGACCAGCAGAUUCACUUGCAAAGGAAAACGGAUCCAUCACUUCCUCUGGAACAGCACCUUUGCAGAAUACACUGUUGUGCCUGAGUACACCCUGGCCAAGAUAGAUGCUGCUGCACCUCUGGACAAAGUCUGCUUGCUUGCCUGUGGUUUUUCUACAGGCUAUGGGGCUGCCAUCAACACUGCCAAGGUAAAACCGGGCUCCACCUGUGCUGUCUUUGGCCUCGGAGGAGUCGGCCUCUCUGUUGUCAUGGGCUGCAAGGCAGCUGGAGCAUCCCGCAUCAUUGCCAUCGAUAUCAACAAGGACAAGUUUGCCAAGGCCAAGGAGCUGGGAGCCACUGAGUGCAUCAACCCUAAAGACUUCAAGAAGCCUAUCCAGCAGGUGCUCACCGAGAUGACCGGUCAUGGUGUGGACUACUCCUUUGAGGUCAUUGGGACUUCAGAUACCCUGGUAUGUGACAUUUUAGCACAUCCUCCUUCCCAGAAUCCC